AUGUUUCACAUCAAAACCGUGCCAGCCCUGGCACGGGCAGGGGCGGGCUCUCCUUUCAAACGGCUGCUCUCCAGCCGAAGACUCCGCUCCACCGUCACCUCCACCUCGGCGACCCAGGCGGAGCCGCGGGACGUUGGCAGCAGCCGCGGCGACGCUCGACAUGAGACGGCGCGGUCGAGUCCGGGACGGCCCGGGAGAGGAGGGAGGGACCGCGCCGGCACCGACAACAGCACCGCCGCUGCUAAUGAGGUCUACGUAGACUUCGAGCAAACACGGGAGGCUUAUAAGAGCAAAGACUCAUUGGAGCUGCUCAGAAGUUUGGUGGUUUUUAAACUCUGCUCCUUUGACUUCCUGGUUGAUAAGAAUAAAGAGAUAAUGCACCUAGGUCAGAAGAUCCUGGGCAAGAGAGCCUUUAACCAGUUCAUGAAGAUGACAUUUUAUGGGCAGUUUGUAGCUGGCGAGGACCAUAUGGCCAUCAGGCCGCUGAUCCAGAAAAAUGAGGCUUUCGGUGUCGGCUCUGUCCUGGACUACAGUGUGGAGGAAGACAUCAGCCAGGAGGAGGCUGAGCAGAAAGAGAUGAACUCAUGUGUCUCCGCUGCAGAGAAAGAGAGCAUAGGCGAGGACCACAGAGAGAAAAAAUAUAAAGCGCACAAACAGUUUGGGGACCGUCGUGGGGGAGUAACUGGAGCCCGCAGUUAUUUCUACGCCGAUGAGGCCAAAUGUGACCAGCAUAUGGAGACCUUCAUCAAAUGCAUCAAAGCAUCUGGUGGAAGUUCAAUAGAUGGUUUUUCAGCUGUCAAAAUGACUGCUCUAGGACGACCUCAGUUUCUGCUGCAGUUUUCAGAGGUCCUGGUGAAAUGGCGGCGAUUUUUCACCUUCCUGGCAUCACAGCAGGGGAAAGAUGGCAUGCAGACCUUGGAGCAGAAGCUGGAGCUCAAACAACUGCAGGAAUUCCUGACAAAACUGGGUGCAAAAGGUGACUUCUAUGGCUGGUUUAGUGCCAGGAAAGAGGGAUCUCCAGGAACCAUUGACAUGCUCGACUGGAACAGCCUAAUAGAUGACAGAACAAAGAUAUCGGACCUGCUGGUCGUCCCAAAUGUAGAGCUAGGUGAGCUGGAGCCUCUGCUGGAGUCCUUCACUGUGGAGGAGGAGAAGCAAAUGAAGAGGAUGUUACAGCGCAUGGACGUCUUGGUCAAGCAUGCCAUAGAGAAUGGUGUUCGCUUGAUGGUGGAUGCAGAGCAAACCUACUUCCAGCCAGCUAUCAGCAGACUGACAUUAGAGAUGCAGAGGAUCUACAACAGAGAAAAACCUGUCAUCUUCAACACCUACCAAUGCUACCUCAAGGAGGCUUAUGACAAUGUAACUAUGGACGUAGAAUUGUCUCGACGCGAGGGUUGGCAUUUCGCUGCCAAGCUGGUGCGUGGGGCCUACAUGUAUCAGGAGCGAGAGAGGGCCGAAGAGCUCGGUUAUGAGGACCCUAUUAACCCCGAUUAUGCGUCUACCAAUAGAAUGUAUCACAGGUGUCUGGACUAUGUGCUGGACGAGAUAGCACUCAACAGAAAUGCCAAUGUGAUGGUGGCUUCACAUAACGAGGACACAGUGAAACAGACCUUGAGGAGAAUGAAUGAGCUUGGUCUCUUACCCACAGAGAACAAGGUGUGCUUUGGUCAACUACUGGGAAUGUGUGAUCAGAUCAGCUUUCCACUGGGUCAGGCAGGCUUCCCCGUCUAUAAGUACGUACCCUACGGGCCGGUGAAUGAGGUGAUGCCCUACCUGUCUCGGAGAGCCCAGGAGAACCGAGGCUUCAUGAAGGGCGCCCAAAAGGAGAGGGAGCUGCUGUGGCAGGAGCUGAAACGCAGACUCGCCUCUGGGGAGCUUCUCUACAGACCGGCAUACUGAAAACACAGAAGAAGAGACAAAGAGGAGAGUGCGUCAACUUGUCGAGUUUUUAUUUUAUUUUAUUUUUUUAUCUUCCCUGGUUGACGGCUGAUGCUGUGGCUGUCUGUUCUGUCUCUCCCUCAGUACAGCUCUCCCUGGAUGUACGUCUCCUGUUCUGCCCUGUUCUGGAGUUUUCUUGCUGAUGGACUGUUUCGGCGGGCUGCUCUCUUUUUCUGUCUUCCCACUGUUGUUUUUCUCCAUGCUGUCUCUCGCUGAUGUCACCCACCUUACACCCCCGAUCCUUCCUCCUGUGCACUGCCCAUGUUCUCUCAAUUUCUUUGCCUUAUCCGCCUCUGCAUCCAUAAGCAUCCCUCAUUUUGUCUUCCCGUUGUCUAUAGAGCUGUGGUAUCCAUCAAGUGGGCAUCUUUACUGCUCCAAAAGGACUCCCUAAAAUGUCAACGAGACCGGGGCGGGUGUCUCCUUUUAUCACCCUAUUUAUCUUGGAGAGGGACAACAAUAAUAAAAAUAACAGGCUUGAUUUAAAUGGUUGUAAAGGAAACAUCAAUAUUCCCCUCCUAUAUUAUGUUUUUUUGACUCCUGGACAGGCACACAGUCCCCCGAGGAGGCUUCUCUGUACUGUGUAUUUGUGUGGCUGCUGCAUUUGAGGUUGUAUUGCCGGUUUGAAAAUGAUGCCUGUUUAUGAAUCAAUGAGGACGGAUAAAUGGUUCCUCACAGCACAUCCCUCUUCUUUUAAGAGUGCAGUGCGUUUGUUAUUGUAUUUACUGGAGGAAGCUAUAUUCUUGGUCACUGAGGUGUUA